UUCGUGGUAUUGUACCAAUAAUAAAUGCUUUUUAUUUCAAAGUAAUGUCACUAUGAUCUUUGAAAUGUUUUUGGCAUGUCAAAACGACAUUACUAUAAAUAUUUACAAUAUAUGUAGGUAAUAUAAUUUUUGAUAUGUUUUAAAAAUUUGAAAUGGUGAAAAAUGAUGAAAAUUGUACGUCAGGCCAAUUAAUUCCAACAACAGCGGAGAAAAUAUGGCCUUACGAACAAUAUUAUUUAGGGCAGAGAGAUCAAGAAAACAGGAAAAAUGGUCAGGGACAAAACUGCUGGACAGGAGCUGAGGUUACAUCACAUUCAUAUUAUAAUGCUUUCGUUCGUCCUUGUCAGUCUUCCCAAUAAACCUGAAAAGCAUUUCUUAUUAGCAAUACGAUCCUUAGAUUCGUACACUGGCCAUUUUCUACGAGACACCAUGCACGGCUUGGGCGACUAUAGAUGGCGCUACUGCGGCCCCGAUGGAGCAUUCGUCACCUACGAGGGUAGUUUCUACGCGAAUCGCAUGCAUGGAUAUGGAACCAUGUCGUAUCCUAACGGGAAAGUGUUCACCGGUAUAUACCACAGUAACAUGCGCUGGGGUCCAGGGGUGGAAUCCAUGGCGUGCCUUAACGAAAACGUGGGCGUUUGGCGUGGAACCCAGCUGGUCAGGCUGGCCUGGAGGCCUUCUGCUCCGAGUGUAGCUGUCGAUCUGGCCUCUACUUAUAUAGGCAGAAGUUGUGUAGAGCCACACCGAGUUUUGCUCACUCCAAGCAUAAAGGCUAUCGGUGAAACGAAUAGUGCUUUAGAACUCCUCAAGCAAUGCGGCUCCGAGCCCAUGAAAGCCGCUGAGAAAUGGAAUGAACUCUAUUCAAAAUACUCCAAUGACGUAGAAAGCCAGCUAUGCCACGUUGAUGUGUUUAACCAUGAUUAUUAUAAAGGACAAGUUCCAGUCCUUGAAGAAGUUACUAUAGAUUCUCCUAAAGAAACGCCACCAAGUGACGAUCAAGCGAAACUGGAUUAUCCAGAAACAGAAACCUAUUACGCGUGGAACAACAAUCAAAUGAUGAUCCACAUGAUGAAACACUGCUUCACGCAUGAGAGUCAAAGAGAUCAGUCCUUAUUUGACAUCACUAGUGUACUCUCUGGUCCGAGGAAACGGUUCAAGCCGGCUGCUCAACAUGAACUGGAUUGCAGAACUCUGCUAAUGGCAAGUUACCUUGGACAUGUAGCUAAUGUAGCUCAACUUAUCAACGAAAGUGAUGUCCAUCCGGAUGUGGCUGACAUGCAAGGGAAUUCUGCUCUUAUCUAUGCUGCUUGCGGUGACCAGACUGAUAUAAUCCAUUUCCUAGUGGAAGCUGGUGCGAAUAUUGAUAGUUAUAAUGACUCGUGUUGCACUCCUCUGGGUGUGGCUUUGUUGAAAUUUGCCUGCACUGAGAUUGAUAUCGCGGCCAGCGGGAUGAUUCAGGCUUUGAUGCCACCUCCCACAGUACCGCCAGCUCCCCCCAUGGAAGAGAAAGCCAUUGAGUGGAAUCUACUUCGUUUUGUAUCCCCUCCAAGCCCUACAAGCACAGUAAAUAGAACUCCAAGUAAAAUCAUGAAGGCGGCUGCAACGAAAAAAGAUAAAUCCUCAAUGUCUUUAAAAGACGCACCAGGCAUCAAGAAAAAAUCGGAAUUGCCUGGACUAAAAGGAGAUGUAUAUGAUAAUGAAUCUGUGGAGUCAUUUUCUGACGACAAACGACUUUACCACAACAUAAAUGUUGCUUAUGCACUGAAAGUUCAUGACCUAUUUCAAAUACCUAGUGCCAUUAGUCCUAUUCCGUAUAUUUUCGAAGUAAAUGAUAUGGUAAGAGAAAUAGAUGCUACCGAAGAAGACCAGAAGAAAGUAGCAGAGAAAGCACCAAAGAAAAUAAUAUCUAAAGUGAUUAAAGACACCAUGAAGCCGAGCAAGGAGAUGAUGUGGCAGAGUACUGACAAAGACGACUUUACGUCUAUUGACAGUAGUGAAAAAUUAAAAAAUGACAUGUUAGCCCGCAAUAUGCUAACAAUACUACAACUGUUAAGUGAUGGAGCCGACCCUCGACUAGUGAGGUGUCCACAGCCAGCUUUAUUCAUCGCAACCGUCUCCGGUAACGCCGAUCUUAUUCGCCAUUUGGUAUCAUACGGAGCGAACGUGAAUGAAAUGUAUCCUCAGACACUCAACUAUACAGCAUUAGACGUAGCUGUAUCUCGACCUUUAACGUACCAAAACUUAGAAUUAAUUCGCGCAUUGCUUGAAUGUGGUGCUGAUGCAACCCACCGAUUGCAAUAUGAUGAUUUGGAGUUAAAGGAUCCUCUGAUACUCGAAAUACCUGGACCGACCUUGUUGCAUGCCGUUCUUGCUAAGAAAACCGAAAUAGAUAGCCAAGAAGAGAUACGUCAUCAAGUGAUAGAAUUGCUGCUAGAUUACAACUGCAGUCCAACUCUGCAGUUCAGAGGGCGGUCGGCUCUGGAGGUGGUGAUGACUAAACGAAUAGACCUCCUGGACACGUUCAUAAAGUGUCCACGGACAGAUCUGAACGCGGUGAUAAACUCUAACAAUCAGACACUUCUGGUUAAGAUGUUUUCUGUGCCAUUUUGCAACUCGAUACCGGCGUCGGAAAGAUUGCAGGCACUUACCAACGUACUGCUGUUCGGCGCUGAUCCGCUCGCUAGUUGUCAGAACUGUGAUGAGACGUUUCAAAACCUAUUUGUGUAUGCGCAGAGAGUACUGUCGACAAUGGAAAGUCCUUCUACUAAACAAUCUUCGGGAGCUGGUAAACCCGAUCCAAAAGCCAAGAAAGUUGAAAAGCCUAAAAAGGAUGAUAAACUAUCGAUGAAAUCGCUUGGGAAAUUGGGCACGGACGAUGUAGGGGACUACAAACAGGCAAUCGACUUGGUGACGGAGUGCGCGAGACUGCUGCACAUCAGAUGGCUGCAAGCAAAGUUGGUCAUCGAACUUCUCAAAGUUAUUGAAAGAUACAAACAUCGCCAAUGGAACAUGAUAAUUAAAGAACACAAGAAUAAAAAAUGCACAGGGAUCUGGGUAACAGCUACGCGAUGCUUGGAGGUUUGGGACAUAUUGAAAUCGACUAAGAAAAAGCUAUAUAAAGACAAUCGUGUUUUAAAACAAUUGCUAUAUAUAGUUCAUUUCUAUAACACGAGGCCGAUGACUAAAUUCAAACAACCUUACAUGACUGCUAGAGACAAAAGCAUGAUAGAGUCUGACGUGAAUUACAUUUUAUAUGAGCACAAGAUGGCUACGAAACUUAAUCCCGAAGUGCCACUAAAGAGACCCUACGUUACUCCCGAACUUUAUGUUAAAGCUGAUGAAAAAUUUUACGUGUGCUUCGAAUGCGCUAUGCCAUUUGAAGAAGACAAAAUUGUUUGUCCUGUGUGCGAGCUAGUAUCCUUCUGCUCUGAUGAUUGUAUUAUGAUAAAUAUUGAGAGGACUAACUGUCAUCCAUGUAAAAAUUAUCUCAAGCAGAAAUACUUCGCAUAUCCUGAAAAUAGCGGAUCAUCAGUUUAAAUGACUCAGAUAAUAAAUAUGUCAAUUAUUACAGUUUUUUUAAUAAGUAAUAAAUUACACAAUAUGAAUACAACAGUGACUACACACUGCUGCUUAGCGGCAGAAAUAGACAUUGCGGUGGUACCUACCCAAGCGGACUCUCACAUAUUGUGAGAGACCUACCACCAGUAGAAAGUACAAAGCUUGUCAGAGAUGGAGAUCUGUGAACUUUGUCUUAUCUGUUAACUGACAAAUGUCAUUAUUUUGACAUGUCAAGGUCAUACUUUUUUAUUUACAAUCUGUGGUAGCUUGUAAUAAAUGGCGGGUUUACUUUUUUAUUUCGCAAUUAUUUGAAAAUUAAUGCUGAUCAUUCGUACAGAAUCCUUAAAAGUUGUAUUAAAAAUGGCAUCGGCUGCAAAAAAACCUAAAUUAUCAACAUCGUCGCUAUCAGUAACGGCGGAAACAGGG